AUGCAGACGAGGUAUAUGGAGAGGACUAAUAGUAUGAGAGAGAAGAGAAAAUUGGAGGAAGAUAACAGUAAUAAUCAGCAACCGGAGCGUAAACGACCAGCUCUUGCAAGUGUAAUUGUGGAAGCCUUGAAGAUGGAUAGUUUACAGAGGCUUUGCUCUUCUUUGGAACCGAUUCUUCGCCGAGUGGUAAGCGAAGAGGUGGAGCGAGCAUUGGCGAAACUUGGACCUGCAAGACUUAGUGAAAGGUCGUCUCCUAAACGAAUCCAAGGCGUUGGUGGAAGGAACCUGCAGCUGCAAUUCAGGUCAAGACUGUCUGUUCCUUUGUUCACCGGAGGGAAGAUAGAAGGAGAGCAAGGAGCUGCGAUCCAUGUCGUGCUUUUUGACGUGACUACUGGACAUGUAGUGACAGUAGGACCUGAAGCUUCCGCGAAGCUCGACGUCGUUGUGCUUGACGGUGAUUUCAACAACGAGGACGACGACGACCAAGGCUGGAGUGGAGAAGAGUUUGAGGGUCAUUUGGUGAAGGAGCGACAAGGGAAGAGACCUCUCUUGACCGGUGACUUGCAGGUCACGUUGAAAGAAGGCGUGGGGACGUUGGGAGAGCUUAUCUUUACAGACAACUCGAGCUGGAUAAGGUGCAGAAAGUUCAGGCUUGGUUUAAAGGUCUCCUCUGGUUACUGUGAAGGGAUGCGUGUGCGCGAGGCAAAGACAGAGGCUUUCACUGUCAAGGACCACCGUGGAGAGUUGUACAAGAAACACUACCCGCCUGCUUUGGAUGAUGAGGUCUGGAGGUUGGAGAAGAUUGGAAAGGACGGAGCUUUCCACAAGAAGCUGAACAAAGCAGGGAUCUACAAUGUCAAAGAGUUGUUGCGCCUUAUGGUCAAAGACUCUCAGAAGCUACGGACUAUUCUUGGGAGUGGAAUGUCAAACAGGAUGUGGGAGACACUUGCAGAGCAUUCCAAGACAUGUGUCUUGAGCGAAAUGCUUUACGUCUACUAUCCUGAAGACUCGGUUGGUGUAGUGUUCAACAACAUCUACGAGUUCAGUGGACUCAUCUCAGGGAAGCAGUAUUAUCCUGCUGAUUCUCUUUCCGACAACCAAAAGGGCUAUGUGGAUGGAUUGGUGAGGAAAGCUUAUGAAAACUGGGAUCAAGUGAUUGAGUAUGACAGCAAGUCACUCAUGAACUUCACUCAAGUGAACAAAACGGAUGCUUUGGAUUACUCCAUGCCGGUUUCAGUUCCAAGCCAACCUUCUACAUCUUAUUCUGACGUAACUGGUGAAGCUUCAAGUUUUCUUGCUCAGUCUCAGCUAGCUGAUACCAGCUCUUACAUGCACUACGGAGACGCUGCAUUUGCACCGCAAGAGCAGCUGCUUAACAACACUCACGAAUCACAAAGCAUGAUCAACAGCAACGGCGGUGUGAGAAUAGGGCUUGGUCCAUCGAGAGGACCCCAAAGCCAGCUUCCUCCUGAGAGUAAUAACUCUUUCAGUGAUUGGGGGAACACAGGAAACAACGGAGGAGGUGAUGGGUUUUUAACUGAGGAAGAGAUUAGGCUAAGAAGUAACGAGAUGCUCGAGAACGACGAUAUGCAGCAACUGUUGAGGCUCUUUAACAUGAGUGGUGGUGGUGGUGGUGGUGACCAGCAAACUCCGAUGAACAUGGCAGGAGAUGGUUUUGGGUUCCAUUCUUUUGGUGAGUCUUGUUCCAUGGAGGAGGGCCGUUCGCAUUCGGGUAAGCCUGUUGUUGGAUGGCUAAAGAUCAAAGCAGCCAUGAGAUGGGGCUUCUUCAUCAGGAGGAAAGCUGCUCAGAGAAGGGCACAGAUUGUUCAACUCGAUGAAGACGAUGACGAAUAG